ACAUGAUUGUGACAUCAUCACAGGUCCUACACCUCCCCAUCUACCAGAUACAAAGGAUUGGAUGUGAUUACAUGAGGAGGAGGCUCCUCCUCUUCUCCUGAAUGACCCCCAAGGAUGGACAAGGACAGGAAUGAGAUGACUAAGAGAAUAUUACACUUCACCUUGGAGAUCCUCCACCUGCUGACCGGAGAGGAUUACACCAUAGUGAAGAAGACAUGGGGGAAGUGUGUGGCCCCCAGCAGUCAUCUCCAUGAAUCAAGAGGACUGAGCAGGGCCUGGGGCCCCAUCACGGAGCCUCCACCUCACUCACCGAUACAUGAGAAGAAGAUCCUAGAACUCACCCACAGGAUCACUGAGCUGCUGACUAGAGAGGUUCCUAUAAGGUGUCAGGAUGUGGCGGUCUAUUUCUCCAUGGAGGAGUGGGAGUAUGUAGAAGGACACAAGGAUCUGUACCAGGACAUAGUCAUGAUGGAGGAUCACCGGCCCCUCACAUCACAAGAUGGGGUCAUUGAUAGAAAUCCACCCGAGAGGUGUCCCCGCCCUCUGUAUUCCCAGGACUGUCCAGAGGGAAAUGUCCCAGAGAAGCAUCAGGGGGGAGAUCUGACUAAUAAUAAAGUGGAGGAUGAAGAAGAGAGGAUGAGGGGCCAUCACCCGUAUAUAAGGGACGUGAAGGAGGAAAUUCCAGGAGGUGUUACCCCAGAAAACUCUGAGGAAAACGUCAUGAUAUUGCUAAAUUAUAAAGGAGAAGAUGAAGAUUUUAUGCAGCACUCCCCAGAAGAGAACUUCCUUACCCUUAAUGUCUAUCCAGAUCUAUCCUGUAAUAAUCCCCCUGAUUAUGAGGAACCUUCUCCUGACCAACCACACAUUGUUACCUCAAGGACAGAUCAGGAAGGGGGCAAAAAGUUUCAAUGUGAUGAAUGUGGGAAAAAGUUUACAGCAAGCUCGGGUCUUAUAGCACAUAAAAAAAUUCACACAGGAGUGAAGCCACAUUUAUGUUUUGAAUGUGGGAAAGGUUUCAUUAAUAAAGGCAAACUAAGGAAUCACCAGAGAAUUCACACAGGAGAGAAACCGUAUUCAUGCUUAGAAUGUGGGAAAUGUUUCAUAACAAAAGACAAAUUAAAGAAUCAUGAGAGAAUUCACACAGGAGAGAAGCCACAUUCAUGUUCAGAAUGUGGGAAACGUUUUGCAUGUAAACAAAGUCUAGUUACACAUCGGAGAGUUCACACAGGAGAGAUGCCAUAUGUGUGCCCAGAAUGUGGGAAAUGUUUUAAACAUCUAUCAACCCUUGUCAAACAUCGGAGAAUUCACACAGGAGAAAAGCCAUAUUCAUGUUCAGAAUGUGGGAAAUGUUUUACUAAUAAAGCAGAGGUGGUUGUGCAUCUGAGAAAUCACACAGGAGAGAAGCCGUUCUCAUGUUCAGAAUGUGGGAAAUGUUUCUCAAGUAAAUCAAUGCUUGGUACACACGAAAGACAUCACAGGGGAGAGAAGCUGCAUUCCUGUUCAGAAUGUGGGAAGUGUUUCGUUACUAAAGGUAAACUAAGAAAUCAUCAGAGAAUUCACACAGGAGAGAAGCCGUAUUCAUGUUCGCAAUGUGGGAAAUGUUUCUCACGGAAAUCACAUCUUGUAAGACAUGAGAGAAUUCACACAGGAGAGAGGCCGUAUUCCUGUUCACAAUGUGGGAAAUGUUUCAUUACUAAAGAAAAACUAAGUAAUCAUCAGAGAAACCACACCCUAGCGACGAUAUUUUGAUGCAUUAUCAGGGAAAAAAAAUUUCAUAAAGAAAACAAAAGUAAAAAAAAAUGACCAGGUAAUUUUAAAUGGAGAAUAAACCAUGUUCUUGUUUGGAAUGUGAGAAAUGUUAUAAGAGGAGAAAAUAUUUUGAACACAUCUGGUACUUCAGACAUUAAAGGGGUAUUCCGAACGCUGGAGCCGACGCCGGGAGCUCGUGACAUCAUAGCCCCACCCCUUCAUGA